UCUCUCUCUCUCUCUAACACAGAGAAGACUUGAGACAUGGCCAUUGCAACAGCUCUAGUAAUUUUGCUGCUUGCAGCCCCAGCAGUUUAUGGAGUGCAGCACACUGUUGGUGACACAGAUGGCUGGGAAUCAAAUGUAGAUUAUGUCACUUGGGCUGCUAGUAAAACCUUCACUGUUGGUGACACUCUUUUGUUCACCUAUGGUGCUUCCCACUCAGUGGAUCAAGUAAAUCAAGCAGGCUACAGUAGUUGCAGUUCAAGCAAUGCCAUCGGAACCCAUAGUGAUGGGAACACAUCAAUCCCCCUCUCACAAGCUGGUCCAGUCUAUUUCAUCUGCCCUACUCCAGGUCACUGUGCCAGUGGCAUGAAGCUUACAGUCACUGUUGUGGCAGCUGGCAGCCCCCCUACCACUUCUCCCACCACUCCAUCUCCACCAGCUACAACCCCGUCUCCACCCACCACCACUCCGUCUCCGUCCACCACUCCUGCCAGCAAUAAUGGUUCGUCGCCGCCACCCCCGCCACCUUCCGGAGCCGCAGCUCUUAGCAUGAAUAUGCUUGGGGUUCCACUUGCGAUGGCAACCUUGGUUGCAUUCAUGGGCUAGGGAGGAGGCAGUGCGGUUGAUCUUUUUCUUUCUUCUUUCUAAUAAUUGACCAGACAUUUGUUAUGUUGUAUUGUGUUGAAUUGGUAUGAUGUUAGAUGAGAGAUGUUAGAUUUUUUAUGUUUAUAAUAUCAUAUCAUAUUCUAGAUGGACGACAA